AUGAUAUUUUUUUUGUUAUAAACUGUUUUAGCUAAAUAACUUACUAAUCUUACCACUCAUGUUCUAUUCAAUAAAAUAUCUGAAUCGGAAUAAGUUGACAUUGUUGUGACAGAAUAAUUAAAUAUUAGAGAUUAUCCUUAAGCUAAGUAUGUUAUUGAUGCUAAUUUGGAAUCAAAAUAAAAGGGAAGCAUUUGUUAUGUUAAAUAAGGAUCAAUAUAAUUUGGAGAUUAUUAAGUAUAUAGUUAAAAAAUAUUUGACCUACCUAACUUAGAAACUAAUGAUCCAGAAUUAUUGCUAAAUAUUCCUGUUUUGUUGAAUAUGGUGCACAUAAAAAAAGCUUUUGCCAUCGUUACAAGCAAUAAUUAAAUAUUACUCUAUAGAGUUAAUAAUAACUCAUCAAACAUCAUAGGUCACAAUAUUCAAUUGGAAACGAACUAUUCUUAUCAUCAUCUGCGUCAAGAGGCAAAAAUAAUAGAACCUCCCUAAAUUAUAUAUGCAGAUUAAACACAAUACAUUUAUUUAAUAUAUGCAAAUUAAAUCCUUGGAGGCAAAGUGAAUUAUGAUAAUUUAAGCUCAUUUGCUCUUAGAAACAUCACUAAUGAAAGAUUUGACUAUGAGACUUAUUAUUUGGGCCAGAUAAAAGUAUUUGGUUGGCAUAUCUUUAUUCCAGUAGGCGUGGAUGGAUUAGAUAUUUAUCAAUAUUAAGAAAAUGGAGAUUGGUCUUUCAUUGGGAAUAUGAACUCAAAAACUUUCUACAAUAAUUCUAGAAAAAUUAAGAUAGUUGAUUUAGUAUUUGGAGGAACAGAAAAUGAAAAAUAUAUGUACAUCCUUGAUGAAUAACGUGGAAUCAUAAGAUUUAUAGUUUCGUCUAAUUCCUCUAGCUUUUAUGCUUAAUUAGAUCCUUAAUUAGGUAUUAUUACUAUUUCUAAUGGAAAAACCUUAGCAGAACACAAUAAUAGUUAUAUUUUAGUAUUACAGGAAAUAGGAGUUAUUAAUACUUUAGUUGAAGUGGGCCUUCAUUAAAAUGGUUGGUUUAAAGUGAAAGUUCAUUAUUUGACUGGUAAAUAUUCAGAAAUUGACAUUCUACCUGAAUUUACCAUUUUGAGAGGAAAAGAUGAACACAGAAUAAUUAGAACAGGUAUUUAUGAGAAAUUUGAACCCAAUUUUGUUUUCACUUAAAAGGAUAAUCUAAAUUAAGAGAGAUAGAAUUCCUUCUAUGAAGAAUAUGUCUUUAUACCAAGUCUCAUAACUAUGGAUUUCUAUGAUGUUGAUAAAGGAGCACUGAAUUCCAGCAAUAACUUUAAUUAUAAUAUUACAAACUCGUUCUUAGUUGGCAUUACUUCUUAAUCAAUAGUUUACAUGCCAUACAUUGUUGAAAAUCCAUACAUUAGAUGCAAUCCAAGAAGCAAUAGAACUGUAGGAAGAACAUUCGAUUAUAAAUUAACUAUUAAUGCAACUCACUGCCCAUAAAAAGAAAAACUAACAGGAAUUCCUCCUUAAUUAAUCUUAUGCCAAUAUGUAGAUGAAUUUAAUAUUAAAAUAACUAAUGGUGAUGGCAUCAUUUAUGAUACAGAAUCCUUGGCUUCUAUCGUUAUGGGAUUUAUAGUGCUUUUAAUAAUAUUAUCUAUUUCAUUAGCUUACUUAUAUACAAGAUACAAAUUAAAGUAAAAUGGUCUGCGAAAUGACAUAUAAGGGUUUGGAGAAAGUGGAAAUCGGGAGGGAUAUGAUAUGGAUCAACAAUACACAUAAUAGUGA